AAGUAGUAUUUUGACGAUUCUAUAUUGCCCACGCAGACGAAGUUGCGGGCAACAGCUAGUUUUUAAAUAAUAUUCAGGAUAAAAUUCAAAUGUUAUAUAAUAGACAUGUCUCUUAAAGAACAUACUUGUUUGAAAGUAAACUUUGAAUAUUUUGCUUUGUUUUUAUUGGUUAAAAACGAGUCUCAGGAGAUGAAAUCAUUUUGUACGAAAAAUUUCAGUCUUUAUCAGAAUUAUGAUUAUGUCACUUUGAUAUCUCAAGUUGAAAAUACUUUAAAGAAAAAGAUUGAAGAAUUCCAAGACCGUGAUAGUAGUUGGACUUUAUUAAGUAGUUCUCAUUUGGAAAUUAACAUUAACAAAUAUCAACCUUUGCGCGGCUCCGGUUUUAUUGAGUUACCGGCAGCAAUUAAAUCAAAAAGAGCGUGUGUUAAUAUUCAUAAUAAUGACGAAUAUUGCUUUUUGUGGUCAGUAGUUGCUGCUUUAUAUCCAGCUAAAUCUCAUCCUGAAAGAGUUUUAUCGUACCCACAUUUCAGAAACGUGUUAAACAUAGAAGGUUUGUCUUUUCCAUUGAGUUUCUCUGACAUAGCGCAGUUUGAAGUAAAUAACCCCGAAAUUUGUAUUUAUAUUUAUGGUUUAAAAAAUAAUACCGUGGUAGGACCGCUUUACAAACCAAAAUCCUUGAAUAAUAAAAAGGUGAUCCAUUUACUUUAUUUACAAAAUGACAAUCUGUCACAUUACUGCCUCAUUAAAGAUUUACCGCGACUUGUUAAGAAUCAAAUAACGAAACAUCACAGUAAAUUGUACUUUUGUGAGGAAUGUUUAAUGUUUUUUGAUUCAUGUGAUGAUCUUAGUUCGCACAGUUGUGGAGGAAUUGCCACUGUGCUGCCUCCAAAGGGCUCAUUCAUACAGUUUGAAAAUUAUAAUAGAAAGCAAACUGUUCCAUUUGUUAUAUACGCUGACUUUGAAACAAUGCUGGAAAGGUACCAAUCUUGUGACCCUGAUCCAACAACUGCGACUACUGUAACACGUCAGCGACAUGUACCUAUAGCCUUCGCAUAUCAUAUAACGUGCACAUUAGAUGACAGCCAUAAUCGUUACGUUUCGUAUCGCGGUUUGGAUUGUGUAUCUAAAUUUGUUAAAUCUAUUUAUAACGAUGCACAAAAAAUUUAUGGUAUUUUAAAAAGUAACGUUCCUAUUAUUUUUACUGAUGAUCAUGCUCAUGACUUUGAAAAUGCAGCAACAUGUCAUAUUUGUGAGCACUUUUUGUUCGGUGACAAAGUCCGUGAUCAUUGUCACUUGACUGGUAAAUAUCGCGGCGCAGCUCAUAGUUAUUGUAACAUACAAUACAAAGUACCAUCAUUUAUACCAGUAUUUUUUCAUAAUUUAUCUGGUUAUGACUGUCACCUUUUUAUAAAAGAAUUAGGAGAAGCUCCAGGAUCUCUUAAAGUGAUACCUAAAACGAAAGAAAACUAUAUUUCUUUUACAAAAUUUAUUCCGAUUUCCCCUAAGGAAAGCAUUCAGGUUCGGUUUGUAGAUUCUUUCAAAUUUUUGGGAACUAGCUUAGAAAAGUUAACUAGUACAAUGAAAAUACAAAAAUUUCAACAGUUAAAAUCACAUUUUCCUAUUGAAACACAAUUCAGUUUGUUAACCCGAAAAGGAGUGUAUCCAUAUGACUAUAUGUCUCAAUGGGAACGUUAUGAAGAUACAUGUUUGCCAUCUAAAAAUCAUUUUUAUAACUCUUUGACUAAUGAAUUAAUUUCCGACGAAGACUAUGAACAUGCUCAAUCUGUUUGGUCAGUAUUUAAUAUUCAAAAUAUGGGUAUGUACACAGAUUUAUAUCUUAAAACGGACGUUCUAUUGCUAACAGAUAUAUUUGAAAGUUUUAGAAAAACUUGUAAACGAUAUUAUAAUCUCGAUCCUGCAUUUUAUCUUACAGCACCAAGCCUAUCGUUUGAUGCAAUGCUUUUGAAAACAGGAGUUAAAUUAGAAUUAAUUAGUGAUGUUGAAAUUUUUAGAAUGAUACAAAAAGGUAUCCGCGGAGGUGUUUGUAUGUGUUCCAGAAGACAUGCCAAAGCUAAUAAUAAAUAUUUGGAUUCUUAUGAUACGUCCAGUCCAAAUUCAUUCAUUAUUUAUUUAGACUGUAACAAUCUAUACGGUUAUAGCAUGUGUCAGGCACUACCCUAUUCCGAUUUCAGAUUUAUGAACAGAAAAGAAAUAGAUGAUUUACAAUUGAAUUUAACAAAUAUUAGUGAUACCGCGGAAAAAGGUUAUAUUCUUGAAGUUGAUUUAAUGUACCCUAGGCAUUUGCACAUUGAUCACAAUGACUUCCCAUUCUGUCCUGAAAAAUGCUUACCACCUGGUGGUAAUAAUAAAAAACUAAUACCAAAUUUGUAUGAUAAAUACCAGUACGUUAUUCAUUACGCACAUUUAAAAAAAUGUCUACAGCACGGUUUAGUGUUGAAAAAAAUCCAUCGAGCUAUAGAAUUUAAACAAAGUUGUUUUUUAAAGCAAUAUAUUGAUCUUAACACCCUGCUACGUCAGAAAGCAGAGUCGACCUUCGAACAAGAUUUUUUUAAAUUACUAAACAAUAGUAUUUUUGGGAAGACGCUGGAAAAUAAUGAACAAAGAAUAGAUGUAAAAUUAGUAAACAAGUGGUGUGAUUCGAACAAUAAAACAAAAAAGACAACUUGUGCUGAGAAAUUAAUAGCCAGCCCUUAUUUUCAUAGCGCGUCUGUCUUUUCUGAUAAUUUAGUAGCAAUCCAAAUGAAGCCUUCGCGUGUUAUUCUAAACAAACCAUAUAGGGUUUGCUGUAUUAGAAUUGUCUAAGAGUCACAUGUACGAUUUCCACUAUUCCACUAUAAAGCCUUUUUAUGGUAGCCGAAUUCAAUUGUGCUACACUGACACAGACAGUCUGGUUUAUAAAGUUGAAACGAAUGACAUUUAUAAAGAUUUCAAGAUGCAUUUCCUAAAAUACUUAGAUACCAGCAACUAUGAUUCGAAUAACGAAUUUGAGUUACCAAUUAUUAAUAAAAAGAUUCCAGGGCUAUUUAAGGACGAAAUGGGUGGUAAAAUCAUUAAAGAGUUCGUUGGACUGCGCUCAAAGCUUUAUUGUAUUAAAACGUUAGAUAAAACUAUAAAGAAGGCAAAAGGUACUAAAAAAUGUAUUACGAAGCAGUUUAAAAUGACCGAUUAUAAAAGUGUUUUGUACAACUGCAAUGUCAUUCGCAAAAAAAAUAUUUUGUUUAGGUCAAUAAAACAUGAAAUAUUCACACAAAAUGUAAAUAAAGUGGCACUUUCAAGCAAUGAUGACAAACGAUUGCUAUUAUUUGAUAAAGUGUCAACUUUAGCCUGGGGAAAUGCAACCAUUUUUAUGUAAUGUGUAAUAAAUAGGUAUUUUCAAUCCAUUUUUACCUUGUAACUUCAUUAAUGUUGCAAAAUAUAUGUAAUUAGCUACCUAAACUUAAUCAAUGACUAUAACUCCAUACCUACUAUCUAUGAUGUAAGUACCUACCUAGGUACAUGGUAAAAAAAUAUGUAAUUUUGCAUGACUGGUGUCCUAAAUAGGCAUAAGCUUUUUGUAAUCCAUAAUUGUAAGUACUAAUAUUAGUUUGUAAGAAUUAUGUAUACUAACCAAAAUAUUUUUAUAAAUAAAUAUAUUAUGUUAAUUA